AAAGAGUCAAUUUAAGAGUUCUUUUUUUUUGAAAUACACAAAAAAUAAUAUAAUGAAAGUUAAUUUCAAAAGGGGAGGAAAUGUUAAAAAAUUAGUUGUUGCGAUUAGUUGUUAAAUUUUCAGAAAGUGGCCACACAGAAAUAGGUAACGUCGUCAUCAGCUGAUUUAUGUUUACAUGCAUUUGUAGAUUUUUGCUUGCUGCGUUGGUCCGAUUGUACAAAUAAAUAAAAUUACCGCUUUAACUGUGCACUCAAUUAAAAAAUAUGAUAAAAAAGAAUAUAUAUUUAAGUUUUGGUAGGGAAAUGUAAAGUGAAGAAGACUUAUUAUAUGCAACUCCAUAAAAAGCAUUCACAUGGAUAGCUCAACAUCAUCAGAAUAUUUGCAAGAAAAAUUGUACGAUUGUUUGCAAAUCGUGCGUCAAUAUGAUUGGCUUAUAAAUGCAUACAUUUUGGAUUUCUAUGUAGACAACCAUUGGGAAAAGCUGCCGCGCAGUUGGCAGAAACAUUUGGAUCAUGUGAAACCCGAAGAACUUAGUACGCUAUUGAAUUUCAAUGAAAUAGCUGAACAGCAGCAUGCCAAUGUAUGGCCAUUGGCGUUAUUAGCCUUACGCUGCAAAUUACGAGAGGUGUGCGUGGACAGAAGUCAGCAAAGCAAUACUGCGACACUGAGCGCUUGUCGCAGUCCACUACUUAGUCAUACAAAGCUGAAACAUGUAUUUAAUAAGUGUGUUAAGCCCAAGAAGCGCCAUGAAAUAGAGUUGAUGGCAUCGCAUUGCGAAUAUAGUUAUCAGCAAACACCCGUUGACUACAUUAUAGACUUCGGCGCUGGUUUAGGGCAUCUCGCACGCAUACUCGGUUAUGGCUUCGGUAGGCGUGUAUGUUGCUUAGAGAUGCGGCCAGAACUAAAUGUACAAGCUCGUUGCAUAGACAAACAAUUUGAGCUGUUCGCUGAAAAGCACUUGCCUGCUGUAAAACGCGCAACUUUUCGGCGUCCGGAGCAUGUAACGUUAUGCCUGACGGCUGAAAUACAACCACAACAGUUUCUCAAUCUAAUUGCUGAGGCGGUGCAGAGGGAAGACACCAACUUUACUUUUGGCAUAAUCGGUCUCCAUCCAUGUGGCGAUUUAGCGGUAAUUUUGAUGCGUAUGUUCAUAAAUAGUCCCCAGGCGCGGUUUCUGAAUUUCGCCAGCUGUUGUUAUAUGAAAUUGAGUACCACGGAGAUGCAUUCUAAGGUGGAGCUGCAGGGAUAUCCCCUCAGCCGAUACUUGUUACAGCAACCCAAGCUGGCACACAUGAGCUAUGAGGCGCGAGAAAUAUCCUGUCAUGCUAUGGAAAUGUAUUGCGAUCGGCUAGCUAAAGGCGAUUAUGAGCAUUUGAAAGUGCACUCAUUUCGUGCGGCUGCUGAGCAUAUAAUCGUCAAGCAUUGGUUGCAUUUGAAACAUAGUGGACUACGUAGCGUCAAGCAUGUGCCUGGUAUGGAAUUCGAAGAUUAUUACUACAAAGCAGUACAAGGCUUAGAAGCUGUUCAUUUAGAGCGUACUGCGCUGCAAACUGCCACAACACAAAAUUAUUUACGUCAUUGGCGACGUAUCGUUAUUUUUUAUACGCUUCGUUUGAUGUUUGCACCGCUUAUAGAGAGCAUUAUACUGUAUGAUCGCGCUUUAUAUCUGCAAGAGAAUCUUUGCCAAGUGAAGAUUGAUGCAGUAUUUGAUCCGCGUAUAUCGCCACGGAAUCAUAUAACAUGUGCUUUUAAGCCUAGUUGAUAAUGAUUUAAGCAAUACGAUAUACAUAUUUGUGUAUGCUUAAAAUAGUGUUCAUGAAAAUUGAUUUAAAGUUUUAGAUAGCUGCAUAAUACAAUUUCUUUUGCACAUAAAUUUUGUGUACACCACUGCCAUCGUAAGUUGCAUAUAGAAAGUAUUUGGCUUUCUUAAGCCUCAUUUUGUGUAUAAAAGAGGUCUAGCCUGAAAAUUAAAGAAGUACUAUUAUUACUGCCACAUAUUAAUACAUAUCUACAUCUGUAAAGCUUACAUGCCACAAGAAAUCUAAUUCAGAACCACCAUUUGCACGCC